AUGUUGGGAAUAGGGGCAGCAGUAAUCCUCGGAUAUAACCGGAUUACCCUAUCUGGUGCUCUAGAUGAAAAAUUGAGAUUGAGACCCCAGGCAGUCAAGCUAGGGUCAAGUAAGAUGUCAAGGAUCAAGAGACAGCGACUGAGCGUUGGAGGUGAAGACAAGGUAACCGCAUACAGUUCUGAAGGUGCGGAUUCCAGUGUCGAGCGGCAGCCAGCAACCCCGCAAGAGCAUCGACGCGGAAGGAAAUCCCUCUUUGUGCGAUCAUUGCCUGCAUCCGCAACAUCAGAAGGCCUUGCCGAAUUUUUUUCUCAAUCCUACCCGCUGAAGUAUGCUACUGCCGUCGUCGAUAAAGCAACAAACCAGUGUAAAGGGUUUGGCUUCGUAUCCUUCGCAGACGCAGAAGACGCGAGGAGCGCACAACAAGAAUUCAAUGGCGCCCAAUUCCAAGGACGCAAGAUCAUGGUCGAUGUCGCUGAACCUCGACAUCGUGAACGUGGAGCCGAGUCCUCUGGAUUGCACAAGAGUAUUCCGAAGGCAGACCACUCGCAACGAUUUCAACCUCCGCCAAAGCUGAUCGUGAGAAACAUACCGUGGACGAUCAAGAGCGAAGACGAGCUUUCUAAGCUUUUCAUGAGUUAUGGCAAGAUUAAACACGUCAAUUUUCCCAAAACAAAGCCGGGGCAGUCGCCCGGUUUUGGCUUCAUUGUUAUGCGAGGCCGCAAGAACGCCGAAAAGGCUAUACAGGGCGUGAAUGGCAAAAUGAUUGAUGGACGAACGCUCGCCGUUGAUUGGGCCGUUGCCAAAGAGCUGUGGGAACAAGCUCAGCAGGGCGAAACAAAGGAUGCAGACAGCUCACCUGUUGACGAUAGCGUCAAGUCAGAAAGUGAGCACGAACAAGACGUUCCUGAUACACCUGAUGGCGAUGAUGACAUUGACGAUGCGUCCAAAGCUCAAGGAAACUUUGAGAUGGAGGGCGAGAAACGUACCCACGAAAAGAUGUCGUCUACUAAGGCUUUGCAAAUCGAUGGACAGUCGUCGACCCUGUUCGUUCGCAAUGUCUCGUUCAUUGUAGACGAUGAUUCUCUUCGGGAACAUUUUAGUCAAUUCGGCCACGUCAGAUAUGCAAGGGUUGUCAGAGAUCCGGCCACAAAUUAUUCAAAAGGGACAGGCUUUGUGUCGUUCAUCAACCCGGAGGAUGCAACGUCUUGCCUCAAAGAAGCACCACCUCCCCAAUCCUCAGGUCCGGUCUCCCGACGCUCGAUUCUCGAGGACAACACUGGAGAUAAUAACGGCCAAUUUAUCCUCGAUAACCGUACGCUCCUAAUCUCCCGCGCCGUAGACCGAGUCGAGGCUGCUCGGCUAGCCGUGAGUAAUGCCCAGCAGCAAAGUGUACGUGAGAACGAUAAGCGGCGGACAUAUUUAUUAAGUGAGGGCACCAUCUCAUCCAAUCACCCUCUCUACCAGAACCUCUCGCCGCCAGAGAUCAGGAUGCGGGAGGAGAGCGCAAAGCAGAGACGGAAACUCAUCAGUAGCAAUCCCACACUUCAUCUGAGUCUGACCCGCCUUUCGGUUCGAAAUCUACCUCGAAGCAUUACGUCGCAAGGAUUGAAAGCUCUGGCUCGAGAAGCAGCGGUUGGCUUCGCAGAAGACGUAAAAGCUAGCCGCCGCAAACAGCUAUCGAAGGAGGAGCUUUCACGUGGUGGGGAGACUAUGAGACAGGCUGAGAGGGAUCGAAAACUCAAAGGCAAGGGGAUCGUAAAGCAAGCAAAAAUCAUCUUUGAAGGUCGAGAUGGUGCGAAGGUUGCUAGUGAUGGCAAUGCAGGUAGAAGCAGGGGCUACGGUUUCAUUGAGUACACAACACAUCGGUGGGCAUUGAUGGGACUGCGUUGGCUGAACGGUCAUCUUGUACGUCCUCCAAAGCCUCAAUCAGAAGAUCAAGUAGUCGCCCCUGUCGACCAAGAAAGGAAGAGACGGCUGAUCGUUGAAUUUGCCGUCGAAAAUGCCCAAGUGGUCCAACGCCGCCAGCAGCGAGAAGGCAAAGCACGUGAGCGAGGUGCAUUGGCUAGAGGGCUGGUCGAGAAGCAGACGAAUCAAGUCCCAAGAGAGAAUGGCAGCGACACUAACGCCGAAGCCAAUCGCGAGCUGACCCGGAAGAUAGCUUCAGGAGGCACCGAAGUAUCCAGUCGCCAGCGCAUCAUUGGUCGCAAACGUGCCAAUCGUAAGGCACGGAAGAGCAAGGCUUCUUUCGGUGGAUAG